AUGGAUGCUUCAUCAGCUGCCGGAUCUAACGGAGGUCCUGCCGAAGAAUAUUUCAAUACACUUUCGAGGGUUGAAACUCUUCCACCAACAUAUGACGAAACAGCUUCGCAGGGCCGAUCCAGCAGUGAAAGAUUCGCCCGUGAUGCCCCUCCGUCUUUCGAUGAAGUCGCAUCUCUCAAUUCGUUACCACUCCCUAUGGGCGCUGAAGACCGUUUUUGGCUUUCCAAAUUCGGAUUAUCACUCACAAGCACCGACCCACCCGUCCUAGAGAUAAUACGCAGUAAAGAACGACCGAGCUCUGGAAGCUUCGAUCUCGGACCAAUACAUGAAGCCGCGCUUCGGAAUGACUACACGCUUUUGAGACCCCUUGAGUUAAUCGGGGCCUGGACACAUAUCGAUGAACGUAGCGCUAGCCGGAAAAAAACCGCCCUCCACUGCGCUUGUCAAAAUGGAUGUUUGGAGUUUGCGAAAGCACUCAUAGCCGGUGGCGCAGAUGUUGAAACCCAAACACUCCUUCGCGAUACACCAUUGAGUCUUGCCGCUGGCUCCGGAAACAUCGAAUUAGUUCAAUGCCUCCUCGCCAAUGGCUGUAAAUUAGCGGAUGUGGACAACGGUUCCGUUAGUCCGCUUUGUGCAGCUUUAGCCUCAAAACGUCAGGACAUGGCGAUUUUUCUCCUCAACAACGGUGCCGGUGUUUCUGGCUGGUCUUCAGGCUCGAAUACAGCACUGCACCACGCUUUAAGAAACGGUAUGGUCGAUAUGGCAAAUCUUCUUCUGAAUAAGGGUGCACACCCCGGAACGGAGAAUGAGAAGCAUAUUCGACCAAUACAUAUUGCAGCAGCAAAAGGAUAUUCGGGCAUCGUAAGGCGAUUGAUAACCCUCGGUGCUGAGGUAUCCCCCCAACACCAAGGUGUCGAGUGGUUUCAACCAUUACACUUCGCAGCAGAGGCGGGGCAUCGGGAUGCCGUUUUGAUUCUGUUAGAAGCAAAAGCGGAUGUCAAUGCUAAGACUGCCUGGAGUAAACUUGGGUACUCACAUCCCAAAUGCGAAGGGGAGAGGUGGGGUAGUACCCCGCUACAUUUGGCAGUGAUGAAGGGGUAUUUAGAGGUAGCUUUGCUUCUGUUGAAGCACGGAGCAGGGGUCAAUGAAAGGAGGUGGGACAUGAGAACGCCGUUGGUUGUGGCUGUUCAAUACGGGUUCAAAGAUAUUGUGAAGCUAUUGUUAGAGAAUAAAGCAAAGACAGAUAUUGUGGGAAUGGAGAGGAGGGCGGCGGUGCAUGUUGCGGUGGAAAGAGGUGAUGUGGAGAUGUUAGAGUUGCUGUUGGAUUUCAAGGCAGAUGUCAACGCGAAGAUGUGGAGGUCAUGGACACCGUUACAUGUAGCGGCUGAGCGGGGACAGUUGGAGUGCGCUAAACUGUUAGUAAGGAGGGGAGUUAAGAUCAAUGCGACAGGAGAGGACGGGGAAACUGCGGUAGACGUCGCGGAGGGAGAAGGAUUUGGGGAACUUGCAGAGUUUUUAGUGAUAAAUGGUGGGAAAGGCGGAAAGGCAUAUAAGAGCUUCAAGUUAUCGGUUCAUUAUGGUUGGAAGUCACCAGAGUGGUCGAAGUACUCGCAUGUCAAGAAAUCCUAA